AUGAGCGCCUUGUUUCCCUCGCGCUGGCGUCUAUGCCGGUGCCAGGGCGUGUUGAAAAACAGCCCUGCUCUGUCCUUUGUUUUCCCUCAUGGCAGAGCAGUAUCCCAGAGGACCCAGGUCGAACCUGCCCGUCCCUUAGCCUUCGAUCUACACGAACCGACCACUUCAAAAGCAAGCGGGGAAAAUCAAGCCCCAAUCAUCUUCCUCCAUGGGUUAUUCGGAUCCAAGAAGAAUAACCGCGGCAUCAGCAAGGCACUCGCUCGGGACUUGGGAGCUCCCGUAUACGCUUUAGACCUGAGAAAUCACGGCGAAUCUCCUCAUAACCAGCGCCAUGACUAUCGUGCCAUGGCCAGGGAUGUGUCGACGUUUAUCCAGGAUCACAGUCUGCGAAACGUCACUGUCAUCGGCCACUCCAUGGGCGCGAAGACUGCCAUGGUAUUGGCGUUGUGCUGGCCAGAGAUGGUUGCGAGUUUGGUGUCGGUGGACAACGCUCCUGUCAACGCAGCACUUAACCAAGAUUUCGCCAAGUACAUCCGUGGAAUGAACAAAGUUCAAGCCGCAAAUGUCACUCGCCAGGCCGAGGCUGAUCGGAUCCUACAAGAAUUUGAACCGUCUCUCCCAAUCCGCCAGUUCCUACUGGGGAAUCUUUACCGCUCUAGGGGAGAAGAUGCCCAGAGAUUUCGUGUUCCGCUGGACAUUCUUGCUCGGUCACUUGGCGACCUCGGCGAUUUCCCCUACUCGAAUCCCAGUGAACGAAGCUUCGAGAAACCGGCCCUUUUCGUUCGUGGAACCAGGAGCCAUUAUGUGACCGACGCGAUGUUGCCAACCAUCAAGAGUUUCUUUCCUCAAUUCCGCCUAGCAGACAUCGAUGCCGGACAUUGGCUGAUAUCGGAGCAACCGGAGGCAUUCCGGAAAGGUGAAGUCAUCACAUGUGGCGCAUUUGCCAUGCAUUGGCUGACGGUCUCGCAGUCGUCGUAG